UCAGAUUUUUUGUAUAAAUUAGGUGAUUUGAACCUAGCCUUAAUUUGUAGAAAAGUCAGGAUUUAUUUUGAAACAAAGAGAGUACAAUGUACAAUCGCUUUUGAAGUGCAAAUUUUCCAUACAUAGCAUACCUUAUUGAUCGCGGUUAUAUUAUAACCUCUCCAAAUCUAUUCUAUGGUUACAUUUUUACCUCAAUAUUAUAUACGUAGUUAAAGUUGUGCAUUGGAGAUUGUAAAAGUCAAAUUGUAACAUAAAAAAAGCGACAGAUAAAGUAUUAUACACGAAAUACAUUAUGAGUACUAUAAAUAAAUGCAUUGACAAACGUGAAAAUUUAAGUAUCACACAGACAAACUAAAAAUAAACCCAACAAAUGGUUGAGAAACAUUAAAAGUAAAAAAGAAAAAAAAAAGACAAUUUUGAAAAAAAAAAAACAAAGGAAAGAAUGAGUUCUUCCUCCUACCUUUCCCCUCUCCAACCAUCUUAGGCCGCCACCACCACCACCACCUCUUCCGCCGCCGCUACCACCGUCAUCUCUGCCGCAACACCUCCUUCUUUUCCUUUUCAAUCAAAAAAUUCUCUUUCUUCCAUCUUUGUUCGAUCCAGUGAGGCAAAUCCGACGGAAAUUGGAGCUCCGUUUUAGUGAAGAAGAAAGCAAGCUGAUUAGGAGUUAAUUAAGGAUUGGAUAAUUUGGUCUACAGCUGAAGGCUUGAGCAGCAUAUUGUGUGGAAUCAGAAACAUUCUCCAGCAUUACAAAAUUGAAUCUGGCUGCAGUUUGAUACAUUCGCCAUGCACAAGCCAAAGAAAAGAAAUCUGCAAUCACCUCAGAAGUCAGCAGACUGGUUAGAAUAUAUUAAUGAUUGCCUGCCUGCACUAGUAAUACCUGUUGGUCCUCGAUUUCAAGCUGAUGUGCCAGAAUGGACGAGUGCAUCUAAUCAUAUGUACGAAAAUGGUGAUUUGGAUACUUCAAAGUGGUUAGGUACCAGAGUUUGGGCCUUUCAAAAUGAUAGUACAGAUUCAGGAGGUAAAAUAGGAAAGGGAAGGCCUGAAUCCUGCUCUUGCUCUUCUCCUGGUUCUUUACAGUGUGCAAAACAACAUAUUUCGGAAGCAAGAGCAAGGUUGCAAUCUGACCUGGGCCCUGCAUAUAAGAGUUGGAAGUUUGACGAGAUGGGUGAAGAUGUUGGCAAGUCCUGGAGCUCAAAACAGAAAAAGAAGUUUGAUAGCCUUGUCUGUGCAAAUCCGUUGUCACAUGGUAAGAGUUUUCUGCAGCCAGCCGAAUCAUCCUUCCCAUCUAAGACCAGGAAAGAUAUUGUCAGUUAUUAUCUGAAUGUAUAUGUUCCUAAGCGCAUUAGCAUAAUAACUCGGUUGGGAUAUAUAGUGCUUGAUAGUGAUGAUGACGAGGUGGAGGAAGCCCCAAAUACCAAGAGCUCUCAGAAAAGACCGCGACCCAAUAGUGAUGAUAGUACAAAACUUGCCAAGUCCCACUACUUGACUGGGAGAAGAUGACACACCGGACCCAGUGUCUUACUGAACAACUCUUUACAGGUUUCCUUUUAGUUCAGACUUCAGAGGAUUCCCCCUUUUUUGGGUUUUUGCCUGUAAUGGUUGCACAUUACAGUGCAAAAAUAGCGAAACUAGGAAUAGCAAAAUUUAGGCCUGAACUUUGUGAUUAUACACCCUAACGGGGAUUUUCUUGCGGCAAACUCGUCUCAAUGUUGAGAAAGCUGUGUGCAUCUAGGAAAGUCAAGCUGCACAGUUUUGUGACACUAUUUUUUUCUGCUCAUAUUGUGCUGGUAAUAGAAACAUCCUUGUUCUACUGCAAAUUUAUCGUCUA